GCAUUCUGACCUGGUCCGUUGCCGGGUUCGGACGUUUCAACGCGCUUUCAUUACGCAUACGCUGCUCCACUCGCACACACACACACACACGCUGUUGUCGUAUACCGUACCCUCGCGUAUUACCACGUCUCAGUCGUCGUCGAUCUUCUGUCGCAAGUCGAUCAUUUUUUUUUCGAGAUACAAUAGAAAAAAAAUAACACUACUCUAAAUUAAAAAUAAUAAUCUCGUGGUUUUCUGUUCCUUCUCGCCGUACGGUGUCCACCUCGCUCGCGCAUAACCACACACACACAUAGGUACCCUAAUACCUACACCAUAAUAUAUAAAUCGAUUCAGAUAUAUUCACUGCAAAAUCGUAUCAAUCAUGGACCUGUUGUGUUGCGAAUCGACUUCGAAGAGCGUCGCUCAAAAGGACCCGACACUGCUGCUGGACGACCGCGUGUUCGAGACCAUGCUCAAGUCUGAGAUCAGGUGCUUGCCGGUUCCCGACUAUUUGGCGACCGUCCAGACGGACCUCACGGCCAACCUCAGGAAGAUCGUGGUUGAUUGGAUGUGGGAGGUCUGCGAAGAGCAAAAGUGCCAAGAAGACAUUUUUCCAUUGGCUGUCAACUAUAUGGACAGGUUCCUGUCGGUAAAUCCGAUCAAUAAAAAUCACCUACAGCUGCUGGGCACCACUUGCCUGUUGGUCAGUUCUAAACUUCGAGAGUCCGACUGCCUUUCCGUCGACCUUUUGGUUCUGUACACGGACAAUACUAUUACUUCUGAAGAAUUGUUGAUGUGGGAGCUACUCCUGUUGAGCAUCUUGAAAUGGGACGUGUCCGCGAUCACGGCUCACGACUUCCUAUGGUAUAUACUUAAAAGACUGCACAUGGACACCGCCAAGCCAUUCGUUGACGUUGUUAUCAAACACUGCGGAACGUUCAUCGGCAUGUGCUCCAGAGACUAUAAAUUUUGCUCGUACAAGCCCAGCGUGAUCGCCGGGGCCAGCAUCGCAGCUGCUCUCAAUGGACUGGAAUACGCGGCCAUUUACAAGUACGACUUGUUCACUAAGCUGCACGCCAUCACUGGUUCUAAAAAGGAGGAAUUGAAGACAUGCCAAGAGCAAAUCGAAGCAAUGGUCGAGAGCCACAAGAGACAGCGUAAAGAAAUGGAUUACCAAAUGUACGAAAAGCCGUACGACAAGACUGCCGAGUCGGACGACAACACAAACUGUUGGAUUUAAGAUCGUCGUCAGACUUACAAAACAAUAUAUUUACGAGGGAAAAAACAACACUGAAAAAAAAAA